AUGUAUUCAACUGGCCCUAAUCCAUCCUAUGUAGCUGCUGGUGAUUUUAACAACGACACCCGAUUGGAUAUUGUUGUGGCUAAUUCGGGGAGUGACACUGUAAGCGUACUUCUUGGAUAUGGAAAUGGUUCCUUUGCAAAUCAAACGACAUAUCCAACUGGCCUUUAUCCAUACUCGAUAGCUGUUGGUGAUUUUAACAACGAUACCCGAUUAGAUAUCGUCGUUGGUAAAUAUAGUGGCAACAACAUAAGUGUACUUCUUGGACAUGGCAAUGGCUCAUUUGCAAACCAUAUGACAUAUUCAACUGGUGAGAAUCCACGAUCUGUAGCAGUUGGUGACUUUAAUAACGACACUCGAUUGGAUAUCGUUGUUGCUAAUGAGUACAACAAUACUGUAAGUGUACUUCUUGGAUAUGGCAAUGGCUCUUUUAAAAACCAAAUGCGAUAUUCAACUGGAGCUAGGCCGUAUUUCAUAGCUGUUAGUGAUUUUAACAACGAUACCCGAUUGGAUAUUGUCGUUGUCAAUUCGCUUGGUAACACUAUAAGUAUACUUCUCGGAUAUGGCAAUGGUUCUUUUGAAAACCAAAAGACAUAUCAAGCCGGCUCUGCGCCGUACUCCGUUGCUAUUGGUGAUUUUAACGACGACACCCGAUUGGAUAUCGUCGUUGCUAAUUAUGGUGGCGAUACUGUAAGUGUAUUUUUUGGAUUUGGCGAUGGCUUUUUCGCAAGUGGACAGCAAUAUUCAACUGGCUCUUUUCCAAGCUCUGUAGCAGUUGGUGAUUUUGAUAACAACAACCGACUAGACAUUGUCGUUACUAAUUGGUUAGGCGACACUAUAAGUGUACUUCUCGGAUAUGGCAAUGGCUCUUUUGCAAACCAAAUGACAUAUCCAAUUGGCUAUGUGCCAGACUCCGUGGCUGUUGGUGAUUUUAACAACGACACUCGAUUGGAUAUCGUAGUUGCUAAUAACAAAAACAACACUGUAAGUGUUCUGCUUCGUUAUGACAAAGGAGCUCUGGCAAAAGAAAUCACAUUGGCAUCUAGUGAUGGUUUUCGUUUGCGAAGUUUUGUCGUUUUCGACUUCAAUAACGAUACUCUACUGGAUAUGGGCAUUGCCAAUUAUGGUACGAAUAAUAUAGGUAUCAUUCUUGGGCACAGGAAUGGCACUUUUGAAAAACAAAUGCACUUUUCAACAGGCUUUAAUUCUCAUCCUUCCUCUAUUGCCAUUGGUGAUUUCAAUACAGAUAAUAAAGCGGAUAUCGCAGUGGCCAACCAUGGUACUAAAAAUGUUGGAUUAUUUCUAGGAAAAGAGGACGGAACGUUUGAAAGUCUAGAGAGUGGUGACUAUGUUUAUGAUUUUGCUCCAUUUUUCAUAGCUGCUGGUGAUUUCAACAAUGAUGGACGUUCGGAAAUCGUUGUGGCAUAUGAUGAUAUUGACAAUGUAGAUGUGCUUGUUGCAUAUGAUGCAGGAUCUUUUGUAAUGCAAACGAUACACUCAACAGGCAGAGCACCAAUUUGUGUAGCUGUUGGUGAUUUUGACAACGACACUCGACUGGAUAUCGUCAUUGCUAACUAUUAUGAUGACACUAUAAGUGUACUUCUGGGAUAUGGUAAUGGAUCUUUUGCAAAUCAAAAGACAUAUCGAACUGGCUCUUAUCCACAAUUUGUAGCUGUUAGUGAUUUUAACAAUGACACCCGAUUGGAUAUCGUCGUUGCUAAUCAGCUUGACAACACAGUAAGUAUACUUCUCGGAUAUGGCAAUGGUUUUUUCGCAGAUCAAAUGACUUAUCCAACUGGCGAUAAUCCAAAAUUUGUAGCUAUGGGCGAUUUUAACAACGAUACCCGAUUAGAUAUCGUCGUUUCUAAUGGGAAUAAUAACACUGUAAGUAUACUUCUCGGAUAUGGCAAUGGUUCUUUUACAAACCAAACAACAUAUUCAACUGGCAGUAAUCCAUCCUCUGUAGCUGUUGGUGAUUUUAACAACGAUACUCGAUCGGAUAUCGUCGUUGCUAAUACAAAUAACAAUACUGUAAGUGUGCUUCUUGGAUAUGGUAAUGGCUCUUUUACAAACCAAAUGACAUAUUCAACUGGCAGUAAUCCAUCUUCUGUGGGUGUUGGUGAUUUUGACAACGACACUCGAUUAGAUAUCGUCGUUGCUAAUGUGGAUGACAAUACUGUAAGUAUACUUCUCGGAUAUGGCAAUGGCUCAUUUACAAACCAAACGAUAUAUUCAACUGGUGAGAAUCCACUAUCUGUAGUUGUUGGUGACUUUAACAACGACACUCGAUUGGAUAUCGUCGUUGCUAAUUAUUUUAGCAACACUGUAAGUAUACUUCUCGGAUAUGGCAAUGGCUCUUUUGCAAUACAGACGACAUAUCCAAGUGGUCCCUUUCCAAACUCUGUAGCUUAUGGUGAUUUUAAUAACGAUAUUCGAUUGGAUAUCGUAGUUGUUAAUUGGCUUGGCAACACUGCAAGAGUACUUCUUGGAUAUCACAAUCAAGUUUUUGAAAAAAAAAUGACGCUCAUAACUGGCAAUGGAUCUCGACC